AGCCGAGUCGCAUUUACUAUCGCAGCUCAUAUCGUACAGUUUACAGUUUCAGCGCCAUGUUCCCAUCCUUUGGUAAGAAAAGAAGGGUAAUAAUAACGAUGAGACGCGUAGCUCAUCCAUAUUAGAAGAGUCUUUAAUGAACUCGGAUCGUCAGAGACCCUCCUCCUGCUCCCGGCUCCCUCCGCUCCGCUCCCGUUACCAGACGAUGCGCGCGUGAAAAUUUGCAGCCCCAUCUUUAUCAGUAUCAUCGCCGUGAAGACAAAGAGAAGACCGCAAAUGAAGAUGUGCUGCACUAGCAGGAGAAGCCCCUCUUAAAAUCACCGUUACCGCAGCUGUGCCCGCCCAGAGGCAGACAGAGAACCGGUCCUUGGAGACUCUUUGGGGAUGCGCAAAGAUGUGAGAGUGAAGAGUGAGAUGCAUUAUGAUUGGCCAUACUCAUCCUAAAAGCGUCAGGCAAGGAGAGUGAUGUUUGCUCCAGCAAAAGAGUCGACGAGGUGGCAUCAAACUUGAAGGAGACGUGUUCAGUGUGCACAUUCGAUGCUUUCACGGCAUUAACCGUAAACUUGAAUCAUUUCCCCAAAGAGGCGGACGCGCUUUCCGUGGUGCUGAAACAGAGACUUGGCUGAUCAACUAGUGAACAAGAGGAGGAACCUCUCACUUCGUCACCUGCUUCUGAGCUUCAUUGUAUUGUGGAGCCGUGGCAAGAACUUAUUACAUUAGCAUCUGACUGUGCUGCAUCAUGCUGUGGAUGAAGUGGAAGAUGGUGGUGGACUCCCUGCGUGGACGGAGAAGGAGACUGCCCUGUUCCCUCUGGUUUGUCCUGCUCUUCGCUGCUGGAGGUCUGGUUCUCUUCAUCCACCAGCAGGCUCUGUCAGAGAUGGUCCAGCAACAAGGCCCAGAGAAUGUCACGAACAAGCAGCAACUGAAGGUUACAGCUCUAAAGACCCGGCAGAGCAUCUCAGGCGUGAAGCUUGGAAGUACUCCACGGCAGUCCAGAGAGACACUUUCCACUCGGGACCGCGAGAGAGGCAAAUCGGAUAGUUUCCAGGACCUCCAAGUUACAGAAAACAUCCUGUCCAGCGCGAUCCCUCCAAUGCAGUUCCCACAUUUUGAGAAGAGCAGAAAAACAGCCUCCCCUGGGUCUCAGGAGCAGGACAUAGGCUCCCUUCAUGUCACGAAAAGACAACGCAAACUGCUAAAAACAAGUCCCCCAAUUCGACACACCAAAAAUACCAUUUCCUCAUCUUCCUCAUCCUCAGUCUCAUCCUCAUCUUCAAUUUCCUCUUCCAUUACAUCGGGCUUUUUUUCUCCAGAGAGCUGGCAAAAGCUCUCCGGUAUCCUAGAAGCACGCCAGCAACUGAUGAAGGAAAUCUGUGCUAAGUACAAAAGCAGCAUUUCAAAGACCAUCACACGUCAUCAUGUGAAAAGCAUCUUUGUGGAGGACAAGUACAAGUUGCUAUACUGCCAGGUCCCCAAGGCAGGAUGCUCCAACUGGAAGAGAACCCUGAUGGUGCUGGCGGGUAAGGCCUCCAACACUCAGAGUAUUAAGCAUGACACAGUCCACUACGGGCAGCAUCUCAAGAAGCUUGAUAGCUUUGACCAACAGGGAAUCAUGCACCGUCUGCAAACCUACACCAAAGUCAUAUUUGUCCGUGAGCCCUUGGAGAGAAUGGUGUCAGCUUACCGGGACAAGUUUGAAAAUCCCAACAACUACUACCACUCCCUGUUUGGGAAACCCAUCAUUUCCAAAUACAGGGUGAACCCAUCAAAAGCAGCCCUGAAGACAGGAAAUGGGGUCACAUUUAAAGAAUUUGUCCAAUACCUGCUGGAUGUCCACCGGCCCGUAGGAAUGGACAUCCACUGGGAGCAGGCAAAUCAGCUGUGCAACCCUUGCCUCAUAGAUUACGACUUUAUCGGCAAGUUUGAGAACAUGGAAGAAGAGUCUAACUUUCUCUUGCGAUUGUCUGGGGCACCACCUAACCUCACACUGCCCAGUUUUAAAGACAGGAACCCAAGUGACAAGCGGACCUCUAUGCAGAUCACGGAAAAUUACUUUUCACAGGUUAGCGCUUUGGAGAGACAGCGAGUAUAUGACUUCUACUACAUGGACUAUCUGAUGUUUAACUAUUCUAAGCCUUUUAAAGAUUUAUACUGACUUGAGAAUUACGUGACUGCUUCACGUCACAUUUUCACAGUCACAUUCCACUACAUUUUUACCAUAACUGUAAUUUUACCAUACCAGUCUUUACUCACAUGCUCAAAUAGGUCUUUGCGUCUUAGCAGAGAGAUCAGAGAGACCAAAUUUCACUCAAAAACACUUUAAUUACAUUUUUUAGCAGAUUAUAUUGAUUUGUAGACAGUUUGUGUGCUGUUGUAUUAAAUACUCUAAAUUGUCCUAAAAUGCGAAGUGUUUAUUCACUACUAGCAGAUGGUGAGGUAGAAAUUUAAAACUGUAAACAUUAAGCUUCUAAAAAGAUUUAUUAUUGUUGAACAGGCUUUAAAAAUAUGCCUUACUCUAGGUCAAAUAGCAUUUGUAAAUGUUUGUUUAUGGUUUAAGCACCAAGUUUACCAUAGAUUUCAACCACAUACCUUAUCUUACUUACAACAAUAUUCAUAAAUAUAGUAGCUUGAGUCCUUGGUAUUCUUAAAUUGUUCACAGUCAAACCCUUUCAUGAUUUAAAAUGUUUGCAUUUACUGUUUGACCUAGGGCAAGUUAGGCAUCAAUAUACCUCUAUGUAUCAGUGCAUACUAAUACAGAUAUUUGAUGUGAAUGGCUUUACUAAAUAUAACUAAAUGAAACACUACAAAUACUAUAAAUCUUUAAAUGUGUCAAGUGCUGCCCACUUGGAAGCUGUGUGCGCCUAUUGUAGCAUUUUAUACUUCUAACUUUGUCAUUUUGUGCUUUUGCUUAACACAUACAUGUGCUGUAGGUCCUCCAUCAAUAGGGUGUCUAAAAGCAGGGUAUAAAGUGUUGCUAUGAAUAUCUCUCAAUAUCUAUUAGUGUUGCUGAUUUACCAGUUGAUGGUAUUGGAAAUUAAAAAAAAUAAAAUACAGGCUAAAAACAGAUAAACACUUUUUUCAUAUUACAUAUGACAUUUUUCAGUAAUGUACAAUUUGGACUUUCCAGCAAGAAACAGAUAACAAGUUUGCACAAACUUCUUUAUCUGCCACUUUAACCACCUCAUAAUAUUAUAAAGCAACCCAUCCCCUCUGUAUAUAUCAUAGCUAUUCAAUACCAACAUAUAGGCUUUUUUCUGACUCUACUGUGUAAAAUUGUAUAAUGGGCAUUCAGAUGAAUAUAUAUUUUUCUAUGUAUUUCUAAAAUAUAAAUAUAUAUAUAUAGAUAUAUAUAUUCAGUUCUUCUUGGUGAUGGUUAUUUCCUUUUUGAUGUCAUUUGUUGUUCUUUCAGUAAUAUCAGUGUAGAGUGUUGUGUAACUGAAGAGUUUCUUUCCAAAACAAAAUAUCCACCAGCUGAAAACCAACACGUCUCAAAAAAAUUUGAAAUGACUGCAAACUAUUGAUGCAGCAUUUAAAAAGUGCAAAUAGCUAUGUUUGAGUGAUGAAUUGAUCUUCUUUGGUGCUUUGGAGUUAGGGUAAGAUUUUGUUUAAUAUAAAUGGAUAUGUACAAUUUUGGAAAUUAGCUCUUUGAUUAUUUAUCCCAGAUUCAUUUUGAUGCUCAAUGAGAUAAUAGACCCUGUACAAACGAGCUGCAUUCCACCUAGUUAGCCAUCCAAGCUGAGGACAUUUUUACCCAUAGCAUACCCGUGCUGUGUGUUUAUAUGUGUAGUACUGAACUACCUGUUUAGAUGUUUUUAACACCACUGCACAUCUUUUCAUAAAAAUAUAUACACAAGAAAGCUGCAGCUAUCGUAUCCUUUGUGCAACAUGGCUAAACUACUAUUCCCAACACAAAACCCAACUGGCAAGUCAUGUUGUUCUUUUCUUUCUUUCUUUUUAAUAUGCAACAUGAUGCAGGUCAGACUACAUAUAUAAUGUGCACUAGUUAAAACUGCAAAAGAAAAACCCAAAAAACAGCAGUUUUUAGGUCCUAAGCAAUCAGAUAUUUAAAAAUGUUUUAGACAUUCAGACAUGUUAAAUACAAGACCAGUGGAACAAAAAGUUGUGAGGUUAAUCUGAGUUUUAAAAAAAAAGAAAAACACAGAAAGAUUAAAUAUAAUAAAUGUUGAGUUUAACGUAACGUAAAACCCAGACAAGUAUUCAAAAAAUUUACAUUUAGUUAAAAUCAACUUGGUUUACUGUUUCAUCUUUAAGCUGUGAAAUGGUAAACAUGCCACAAUCAGAAGUGGUUACAAAUGAUGUAUAACACACCAAAAUAAACACCUUGAUUAAAGAAAAAGUCAUUUUAAUGGCAGCAAAGAUGGAUUUGAUUUAUUCGAUUCUCUGAACAACCUAUGGGUAUUCUCCAAUAAAACAGUAGUCACUAUUUAGCUCUGUUAUGUCCUUUGCAGCUCACUGGAAAUUUAUUUUAUGGUAACGAAAGUUGUAUUUGCCUAGAGAAAAGAGGGAAAUCAUAUUAUUCAGAUCUAUACACUAUAAUACUUUUUUAAGACCUUUAAUCAUUUUGGUGAUGGUAACUGUAUGAACUUUUGUCAGUGUAGUGUUGGCUUUUGCAAUGCCAAAAUCUAACCUUUGUUUAGGUUCUGGUCAAAAUCUAUGUAGGUGUAGCCAAUCUUUGGCCAAAACAGCUAAUGCAUUAUGAUGAGUAUUACUUUUGUAAAUACUCUGUCAGUCCCUGCCCCCCUUCUAAAGAAGAUUUCUUGGUUUUGUGGGUAUACGGACAGAUCAAAAGCAUAACUACAGUAACAAGUGAAUGUAUAACAGUUUAUUGUUGGUGCAAAUCUGUAAAAAAAAAAAAAAAAAAAAAAAAGAUUAUCUUAAGCCCUUUGCCUUAUUUUACACUGCCAAUCAAAUGGUGUAUUUCAGGAAGAUAUUUUUCAGGAGGUUAUUUCUGGCUGAUGAGUGUCUGCUAAUAAACUGUCUUUUAGCAUU